CACUCUUCUCCUCGAGCAAGGGAAGUCACCACCCACACGUGUGUUAUCUUCCUGUGAGACUGUUUUGUUCACCCCGAAACUUGCUUCUGUGUAUGAAUUAAAAAGUUUUUGCGAUGCCACGACAAGCGAGAUAUUACAACAGGGAUUCAGAAGACGAUGACGAAUUUGAGCUGCAAGCUUUCAGAGAAGAUGCCGUAAGGGCAGGGGAUGAUGGUGCAUCAGACACCAACUCAGAAUCUGGCCUUGGGGACUCUCCAGAAGAUGGCAUCGAAGACCACGACUCAGAUGAUAGUGAUUCAAGUGAGGCGCCAGAAGACGUUUGUUUUGCAGCUUCCCGCGAAAAAGAACAAAAGAGAAUGGAGGAUAUUCUCAACCAGAUAAAGAAAGAUCGAGCAGACAAGAAAGACAGACUGCGUAAAAAGGAUGAUCUUUUCAAACAACAAAAACAACAGAAACUGGCUGCAUUAUCAAAGCGAAAACUUCCUGAAGAUUUUCUAGAAGCUGUAGCAGAUACGGCUGAAGAAAAGAAACAAAAGAAAAACCAGAAUGAAGCAGCUGUAAAAGGAAGUGAAGAGACAGACCCUGCUUCUCUGGGGGUGUUAUCAGCAGAAAAUGAAUUAGCUGAAGAUAUCUCUGACAAUGAAACAGAUGAUAAAGUCCAAGACUUCCUUCCCCUUGCAGCGGCCUCAGAUGAUAGAGAACAGCUAAUUAAAGUGGUAGCAUUAAGCUCCAAAAGCAGAAGUGCCACCAUCUCUCAAAAAGCUGCCAGCUUCAAACAGAGUAUGCUGUAUGGUGGUCGCAUCAAAAGAAUAGACUCACAGCAACAGAAAGGAAUCAAAGCCAAAAGAAAAGCAAGACGAAAGAAAUGAGUCUUUAUUCACCGAACAUGCUAUUUCACGUUUUAUGGAGCAAUACUUUCCAGAUAUGACCAUCUCCAGCUCUGUAUUUUACCACACUAUUUCAGCAACACUGAACAGUGUUCGUACACAGCAAUGAUUCAUAUGAUGUAAAAGAGCUGUAGUGUUUAAAAUUUUAUAGAAACUGGCUUGCAGAUUGUGCGUGUAUUUUGCCUGCUUGCAGCUUGGAUGUAAUGUACACAAAGUUAUGAAUGCAUGAGAGUUAAUGAGCUAUUAAAGGUAGACCUAUAACCUUUGGUUGUUGGACAGCGAAGUUUCAAAGAGUGCACUUUUUCCAGCAUUUUGAAUGAGGUGGGUGCCUUUUUCUCUCCCUCACUCAGGCACCCUCUCAGCAACUGGGUCAGGUGACAAAAGUGCUCUGCACCAGACAAGAAUCAAACUGGCAUAUAAUUAGUACAAAUGUGCUCUUUCAAUUUCAAUAAAAACAACAAAGAAACUGGAAGCUGCUGUUUUGUUAAAGUGAAAAAUACUACUACUUCCAAAUAACCAUUUUUGUACUUAAUGAGUUUUAUUUGGGACCUGUAAGAUAGCUGCAUCAGUUUCACAUGUCUAUUAAUCUGUUUAGUAUCAAAUGCCAACACCAGGUUUUGUGGCCUGCACACUAAUGUACAUUACAUAGAAAUGAUUUUAACAAAUAAUG